GGUCAUCUUGAACAACUGGUAUUACAUGUGAAUUCAGAGGUCUGCUCCUUGGCUCUUCGUCUACUUUCCAGACUCUGGUUAAAGCAUCCUAGUGUUGCUCCAAUUUCGAUUGCCAACUCCAUUCUUUCUUGCCUUACUCGAUAUGCUGGCCAGUAUAACGGCAUUGAGCCUAUCACCUACGGGAAGGUGACUGAAGGCAGCUCCUCUCCUAUCCAUGAGAUGCUCGCUCUGCUUCCUAAUUCAAGCUUCAUUCCCUGCUCUUCUCCCUCUGGAUACGUGUCUUUCAGCUGCAGUGGCCUAUUUUCUUGUGCCGACGUUUAUACGCCUGGAGCUGGGUCUGAGCCUUGUUCUGUUGUAUUUCAAGCUUUGCCGGACGCUUGUCUCCUUGCUCCUACCUUGGCACCAAAACUGCUAUGUUUAGCUGCUCGCACUCUGAUCAUUGCAGCCGCUCGAGCUGGAUCCGCUUGCCAGUUGGCCGACUCGGAUCUGCUUUCCCGUAUCGAAGAGGCAUUAACUCGUGUUAGUUUGGAUGGCCUAGACUCGGCUUGCAUCGAGCAUGCCGCUGCUGAUUUGGUCAGCAGAGGUGUUAGUCAAAAUGCAUCAUUAUCUUCUAGUGGGGCAUCUGCUAACGCUACAAAUCAAGGGACUAGCGUGACUGGUUGUCAAUCCGUGGCUACUGUGGCUGGCACGACUAUGAUAUCCAACGCUGAUGUUGGUGCGUUGGUAGGUGGUGGUGGAGGGCCAAAUUGUGUGGGACUUUGCCAAUCUGGGCCUGGCGAUUCUUUUUCUAAUGGAUUACUAACAGGAAUAGCUGUAACGACUGUUGGAGGUGUUGGAUCAUGA